CAGCUUCGCUGGCUUCGCUGCCCAGUGCUUGCGUACUGCAGCGGGAAGGGCAUAGCGUGGGAGGAGGAAGGGGGCUUUUCAACGGGGAAAGGAGGAAAGCGUCCGCUUCGCACCGGCGGCUUUUCCUUUCUGUAUCCGCGCAUCACGGAGACCGGCAGCUCGGCGAGGCUCUCUCCAGACAGGGCCGGCUCGCCGCUUUUCCAUCGGGGCCCCCCUCCGUAACCGCCUCUCACCGCACCCGUCCCCCCAAAACACAGCUAAAACAGAAAAAAAGCAACAACCAGGUUCUACGCUCGAGCCAGAGGUAUCGUCGGGGGUCCACCAAAAAGACAUGGCCGAAGCCGCGGAAUACUCCGAGGUGCCCCAACAUGAAGAGAAGGAGAAGGCGGCGGCGGCUGACAACAGCGAUGUGAUCUGCCUCAAGCCCAAGAUGACGCUGGUGAACGGCAUCACAGUGAUCGUGGGUAGCAUCAUCGGGUCCGGCAUCUUCGUAUCGCCGCGCGGCGUGCUGGCCAACACCGGCAGCGUCGGAGCCUCGCUCGUGGUCUGGGUCGCCUGCGGCAUCUUUUCCAUGAUCGGCGCCUACUGCUACGCCGAGCUGGGCUGCAUGAUCACCAAGACCGGCGCCGACUAUGCGUACAUCAUGGAGGCGUUUGGGCCCUUCGUGGCCUUCCUCCGUCUCUGGGUGGAGUGCAUGAUCGUGCGGCCCUGCUCGCAGGCCAUCGUGGCGCUCACCUUCUCCUUCUACGUGCUCCGACCCAUCUUCCCGGACUGCGACCCACCGGACCCUGCGGUCAGGGCCCUCGCCUUCGUCUGCAUCGCGCUGCUGACCUUCGUGAACUGCUGGGACGUCAAGUGGUCCACGCGUGUUCAGGACUUCUUCACUUACGGGAAGCUGAUCGCACUGGCAACUAUCAUCAUCACCGGUGUCGUGCAACUCUGCUACGGCCACACGGAACACUUCAACUUCGAAAACACCGAGACGGACGUCACCAAGAUAGCGCUGUCGUUCUACUCCGGAUUAUUUGCUUACAACGGAUGGAACUACUUGAACUUCGUCAUCGAAGAAUUGAAAGACCCUCACAGAAACCUCCCUCUCGCCAUCUUCAUCUCCUGCAUUCUGGUUAUGGUGGUCUACACCCUGAGCAUAGUCGCCUUCCACACUACACUCUCGGUGCAAGAAGUCCUUGGCGCCGAAGCCGUCGCUGUGACGUUUGCCGAGAAACUGUACGGGUCUAUGGCCUGGAUCGUGCCCGUGUUCGUCGCCCUUUCCACUUUCGGAGGUGUCAACGGCAUCCUGUUCACUUCGUCCAGAUUAUUUUAUGCCGGUGCUGAACAAGGCCAGAUGCCAAGGCUCCUCUGCAUGAUCCAGAUCAACCGACUUACACCGUCGCCCGCUGUGCUCGCUAUGUGCCUGCUGUCGCUCGUGUACUUGUGCAGCAGCGACAUCUUCGCCCUGAUCACGUACGUCGGGUUUGCCACGUGGCUCGCCAUUGGCUUGGCUGUGGCCACUCUGCCCUACUUCCGGUGGAAGCAGCCUAAUCUCAAGCGCCCCAUCAAGGUCAACCUUAUCUGGCCCAUCAUAUAUCUUAUUGCCACGGUAUUCAUCACUAUUGUGCCCAUGAUUGCGGAGCCUGUUCAGACAGGAUUUGGUGCUCUCAUCAUUGCAACCGGAGCUCCCGUGUACUUCAUCUUCGUCUACUGGAAAAACAAGCCAAAGUGGAUCCUCGACAUGUUCGAGGGUUCGACUGUGUUUUUACAAAAGAUGCUGUUCGUAGUGGCGUCUGAAAAGCCAAAGGACGUCUAGACCGUCUGCUUUGUCAAGAUUCCUCCACACCUUUCCGAAGAAACGCCUUCAACGGAGCAUCGUCACCUUGUAACGUCGUCUGCCAUUUUUGUUUGAACCGCAGUUCAGCAAAAUAUCUGAGAAAAAAGAAGUAAUAAAAAAACAACUUAAGCGAGGUAAUAUUUCUAGGACGACUGCGUGUACAUAUACAUGUCUACAUAUAUAUGCACGUAUAUUUUUCUAAUUUACGACUAAGUUUCUAGAGGUACUUUGAGGGGAAAAAAGGGAUAUUUCGGAAGUCUUUCAGUGCUAAUGCUUCCAAGUGUCGAUUUGACACAAAAUGGACUCGUAGGUUCUACUGUCGUAACAGCGUCUACAUAUCUACCGUCUGUCCUAGGGUAUGUGUGCAGAUUCUGUGUUUCAACUGUGUCUUCGCUGGGUUCAACUUCGAGUGCCGUUAACGUGUUUGCGAUAGAUCGUGCGACGAUGCUAGACAGCGACGUAAAUUAUUAUAAUUAUAUGGUUGGUGAUAAUGGGGUCCCUCUACGCCCACCAUGCGAAUUUCCGUGUAGUAAAUAUGGGAAGCUUUUAUUGAAGAGAUGCUAUCAAAUGUGCUCAUUUUUGAAAUGUGUGCCGUGAACAAACCGAUCGCAGGUUGUACAAACCCCCUUCGCGUGCUUCAAAAGCUGUUCCCCCAUUAUAACAUCGAGAGUGGAUUGUCAUUAGGGUGCCUUGAAUUUUGACCAUAAGGCUUAAAACCAAGUGUUUUGGCAUCUCUGAAGCGAUGAAACACUGUACGCGUGCAUUUUGUCACGAGAUCAGUCAUUCACGAUUUUUGUUUCUUCUUUUGUAUGUGUGUAUUGUUUCCAGUAGCUCCAAGAGCAACAGCUAUGACGAGAAAAAAAAAUAUUGUCUUUUGUUUUGUAAUUGUUUUAAGAGCGACAGCUAUGACGAAAAUAAACGUUUUGUUUUUGUUGUA